AUGUGUACCUACGACUACACGCCAUACACCGGCUGCAAGCAAGAUGAGCAGCAUUUCUACAUCCAGUGGAUGAAGUGCAGCAAGGCCAUCGAGACGGGUGGCAAGUACUGCCCACCGGAGUUGUCUGUCGAGGUCGACGCUAUCCGCAAGCUGUCCGGCAACGUUCUCUCAUGUCCUGUCCACGGCCCCAUCGCCAUUGAACAACACGAGUUUGAAUUUGUCGUCGCCAAGGUCCCAGUCGAGCAACCCCAUGACCAGCCCGCUCGCCGGGGAAGGUCUCGCACAGCUUCACGACGAGGGACAAGUGUGAGCCGGUCCAACAGAACACCCAAGACCGACACAUUCGGAAGGGACUUUGAGGAGCUUCCAGAGAAGAAAAGACGGGAGUCAAGGGCUGUUUCACCAACGGAAUCUGUCAACUCGGAGUCUUCUGGUACCAUUCCAGCUCGACCCAGGACAUCGGAUGGACUCAAGAAGGCGGAUAGGAGUGGAAGUCAGGAUAGGCGGAGGAGCUCCGUGGCUCACUCACACCGGCGUGUAAGCUCAGCAGACCUCAACUUGAUGCCUCGUCGUGCGUCCACCCUGCGCCAAAGCGGUGACAGGCAGUUGCCACCACCGGCUGAGAUUCCCGAGCAUGCGGAAGCACAGGAGGAGGAACCACGUGGUCGUCAGCCACGACCCAAGACCACAGUACAUAUUCCUGCUAGGACUGGCAUGAUCGGCUUGCCCUCCAGUCCAGACAUGAACAAGAGAUCCCCCGUGAGCCGUGCCAAGAGUGAAGGCAGGCCAACACCGCCUGAUACACUCACGGCAAGAAUUGACACAGCAUUAUCACCCAACACAGCGCUGGGCUCAAGCGACAGUUCCCCUGAGCAUCCAUCCGAACCUCUUCCAUUUGGCCCAAGGCGAUCCAGCGUCAGGAGGACCACCACCCGCAGCAUCCGCAAAUCCACAGACGAAGGCCCUAUGGGUCGCAUCGACGAGCACGUUGCCUCAGGAGAGGACGAAGACCAGCUCCAAGCCAGCGGCCUUCACAUCACGACCUCAAACAUCACCCGCUCAGGAACAAACCGCACCACCCGAUCAUCCAGGGUCGGCAUCUCCCCCGAAUCCGAAUCUGACUUCCGAUUCCCACCACCUCCCAGCCGCAGCAAUAACUCCUCCCCCAUCUCCCGCCGCGGCAGCGAGACCCGCCCUCCCAUGCCCGCCAGCCCCCUCUCCCCUGUCUUUCCCCGCUACAACAGCUACACCAGCAACGACGAUGCCUCCUCCCUCCGAAGCAACCAAAGCAAAACCUCCCGCCGCUUCGAAGACCAAGUCGCCGAAGGCAGAAAAUGGGCCGCCGCAAGAGAGCAACACAUGUCCAUCCUGGCCAACCACUCCGAGCCUAACCUCCCGCUCGCUGGUGUCCAAAGCAGAAGGGAAUCAGCCGACAGCGGGUACCGCAGCGGCCACCAGGGACAGCUGCCCAUCCCACCUAAUUCCCCUCCACCAAGGCAGACAACCCCCAACCCCAUCCAGCAAGAACCGAAGAGACGGACGUUGCAGAAACAGAACGGCCAAGCGCCCUAUCAGACUGAUCUUGGGUUGCCAUCGCCCAACACGUUGUCUCAGCGGAGACCGGCGCCGUUGCAGUUGGGAAAUGUGCCGCCCUGUGCGCUGCCUGUGUCGCUUUACUCGCCUUCGCCUCUUGGUCAGAGUGGUGGGACUUCGAGCGGGGAGGUUAGCCCGGGGAAUGUGAAGGGGAAGGUGCCGCUUCUGCAGAGGAUGGGGUUGAAGAAGAAGAUUAGUGGGUUGUGGGAGAAGGGGGGGAAUCAGAGGGCUGUCGAAGCUUGA